AUGUCCACCGUUAUGGAAAAGCUUCAGUGCGAUAAUGAUCAGAACCAAGAGAACGAGUACUUACUGGCACCGCCAGAGCGCCGACAAUAUUCUAUUCUACGCACAAAGCGACUACUUGUUCUCUUAUCCACAUUUACCAUCCUUUGCAUUCUGUUGAUCGUAGACAUUGCCAUCCGCCUGAAAGCUGGUCGCUGCACAACUGGGCCGUUAACAUAUUUUGACCGCCACAUCAACAAUAAAUAUAUUACCAACCGAUUCACCGACGACGUAAACUCUCCAUUUCGCUCCGCCUCCCCUGAAGGCCAGGCGGCUUGGGACGAAGUUAUGAGAGUUGAGUUCUUCAGAAUAACUGAAACGGAGAUAUCGGCUAUCGGCGCUCCUUUGUCCUCCGUCAAACUCCCCAAGUCCAGAGGCGGAGGAUACUUGGCCAACCUGGCCGUUUUUCACCAGCUUCACUGCGUGAGAAUCCUCUGGGAAGCAACGAGAAUGGAGUAUUUUGAGUCUCGGGAGAACGUCUUUUACGAGGAGGAGUCGGAAGCAAAGGUGCAUGAGCAUUUAGACCAUUGUGCCGACAUUGUGCGUCAGGCACUCAUGUGUCAUGCUGAUACAACAAUUAUCACCUGGGGAUAUCCGAUCGAAGGUACGACGCUGCGGCCAAAUUAUAGUCUUCCAAGAACGUGCCGGGACUACGACAGUAUCAUUGCGUGGGGGAGGGAAAACGAGAUUCAUUAUCCUUAA